AUGCUGUACGACGGGGCCCUUCGUAGAUUGGGCAGGCAUUACAAGAAAACACCGACAUUACAGUUUUUGAGACGCGUGGAAUGUCGAACACAUAGGCCCAGGAGACACAUCUCACCUGCGUCAAGCGGCGUAGUUAUAGUGCGUUAUGGAACGCUUCACGGUUAUCCAGAUAAACGAGCCAUGAGAUGUAGGUAUCAUGGUAUUAAUCAUGGGAAUGAGGUCAAGUCGGGCUUCCGAUGUAUGUGUCAAACAAUAGUAUUGACUCCAAGCCCAUUGCACAAGGACAUCACUCGGGGUCUCAAAAAACGUUUUAGAUAA